AUGUACGUGGAACAUCGAAGUCAAAUACAGCAGCAACCUACAAGUAAUUCCGUUCAUGAGUCAGUACCACAUAGUUUGCGACACUGUGCCACUACUACAAAUACUACCGCUGCUACUACAUAUUAUCCUGUAAUGUAUCCCACUUCAUCUACAUCGCCCUCGCCUAAACCAUCAUCAUCUCCAAAUACCACAUUACCUAAGCUACAGACAUCAGGAUUUACCAACUAUUCCCACGAGAAACAACUACCAGAGUCUUCUAGUACUAUAACUCCGUCCUCGGUAACUCAUUUGCAUCCAUCUUCAGCAACAACAACUCAGUCAUCACCACUGAAGACAUCACCCAUUUUAAACUCUGAUAACAAGAUAUGUCAAUGGUAUUGUUGUUCAUGUGGACAGUCUUAUGGUUCAGUCUUGUAUAAGGAUGACUACAUCAAACAAAAUGAAUUUAAUGAACGUCCAGAAGUAGCAGAUAUAUACCGUACUGAAAAGCCGCCUACACAAUCUACACGCAAUUACAUUUUUGACAGUUUAAAAUACUAUAGCCAAGUUGUUUAUCGAGAUCACAAACAUGUAUUAUCAAACUCACCUACAUUGGUUAAAUCAGACAAUUACUUUGAAUGUAAAGUCGGACAGUCUAAUGGUGAAUAUAACCAUCACAGUCAUCAACCACAAGUGCAAACACAAGAAAAAUCACAAGAACUACCCGAUGCAGCGGAUACUCCUGAGAGCCCUAGAUUAAACCCACAUACACCAUUAGUCUCACCACUACAACUAGAUUUAAAUUGUAGCUCUACCAGUUUGAUUGAGUAUCAAGAUAGGGCAAUAUUGAGUAUUCCCAAUAGAUUCACAUGCCACAGAUGCGAUCAUAUGAUGUGUCCUUAUUGUUUAAAGUUGAGAUUAAAGGAUAUAUAA